AUGUCUAUGGUUUAUGAUGAAUACGGCAGGCCCUUCAUUAUUUUGAAGGAGCAACAAUCCAAAAAUCGCGUGAAAGGGAUUGAAGCCACAAAGUCGAAUAUUUUGGCAGCUCGUUCCAUUUCUUCUGUGCUGCGGACAUCUUUGGGCCCCAAAGGACUCGACAAACUGCUGGUAUCUCCCGACGGCGACGUGACUAUUACCAAUGACGGGGCUACCAUUCUACAAGAGAUCCAAGUGGAUAGUCAAGUGGCCAAGCUAAUGGUGGAAUUAAGUGCGUCACAAGAUGAUGAAAUUGGUGACGGUACCACAGGAGUAGUGGUCCUAGCUGGUGCUUUACUGGAACAAGCCGAUCAUCUCCUUAGAAAGGGCAUUCAUCCCAUUCGUAUUGCCGAAGGAUUUGAAAGAGCCGCUGGAGUGGCCAUGAAACGAUUGGAGGAAAUUUCCGAAAAAAUGGAUAUCAAUUCCAACGAUCAUGAAGCGCUAGUGACAACCGCCAUGACAACCCUCAGCUCCAAAAUUGUGCAACAAAACAAACGAAUGAUGGCCGAUAUUGCUGUCAAGGCCGUACUCAAUGUAGCCGAUCUGGAACGCAACGAUGUCAACUUUGAACGGAUUCGAAUGGAAGGUAAAACUGGAGGGUCUCUGGAGGAAACAACCAUUGUCAACGGGUUGGUGAUUGAUAAGGAAAUUUCUCACCCACAAAUGGCCAAGGUAAUUGAGAAUGCCAAAAUGUGCAUUCUUACAUGUCCCUUUGAGCCUCCAAAGCCAAAAACCAAACACAAGUUGGAAAUCUCUUCCAAAGAAGCCUACGAAAAGUUGUACCAGAAUGAACAACAAUACUUUCGAGAUAUGGUCCAAAAAGUCAAGGAUUCCGGAGCCAACUUGGUGAUUUGUCAGUGGGGAUUCGAUGAUGAAGCCAAUCAUUUACUGCUACAAAAUCAACUACCUGCCGUUCGCUGGGUAGGCGGUGUGGAAAUGGAACACAUUGCAAUGGCCACCGGAGGCAGGAUUGUCCCUCGUUUUGAGGACAUUUCCGCAUCCAAGCUGGGAACUGCUGGUCGUGUGAGAGAGAUUAGCUUUGGAAACACCAGUGAGCGAAUGCUUGUCAUUGAAGACUGUGCCAGCUCCAGUGCUGUCACUGUCCUGGUUCGUGGAGGCAGCAAGAUGCUCGUGGAGGAAGCCAAACGAUCCUUGCACGAUGCCAUGUGUGUGGUCCGCAAUCUCAUUCGCGACAAUCGUGUAGUGUAUGGAGGAGGCGCUGCCGAACUUGCCUGUUCCUUGGCGGUCAGUGAGUAUGCCGAUACGGUGACAGGUGUGGAUCAAUAUGCUAUCAAAGCCUUUGCUGAAGCAUUGGAGGACAUUCCCUUGGCAUUGGCAGAGAACUCGGGCCUGUCUCCCAUUGAAGAAGUGGCAGCCGCCAAGGCACGUCAAGUGAAGGAAAAUAGUCACUUGAUUGGGCUUGGCCUGGACAUAGAAGCCAACGAAGAAGGAUUCCAUUCUGCUGACAUGAAGGAGCACGGUGUCUUUGAAACCCUUUGUGGUAAACAACAACAGCUCCAGUUGGCGGCACAGGUGGUCAAAAUGAUCUUGAAGAUUGACGAUGUCAUCUCCAUGGGCAGCUACCAGUAA